AUGUGAUCAGGAAUUUUUAUUUGAGAAGCCGUUUUACUCGUUUUAGCCCACUUUACUAGCUGCCUAUCUUGGUACUGCUCGUAAAGUGGGCAUGUGCAUUUAUUCUUCCAGCCCUACAGGUGGCAAUGUGCGACGGAGGUCUACAAUCUCAGCUAUGUAAUGAAAUCCGGCUUCGCAUUUUCCAGGUUUCCACUGAAGGGGAUUCUUUAUGGAAGUGAACACAUAGGCAAUUGAUAAGUUGUGAAGGCACCGGGAAAGGAAACUGCCAGCCCGAAAGAAAUUAGCUUUUACAUUAAGGAUAUCCUCAGUUAAUUUGCGUAAACGCUUCAUUGUAGCUAAAGUGGUUGAGUUCGGGGUGUUCGCAACGCCAGGUGUUAGACCAGAAUAAGUGUUGGUGGGUGGAAAAUGCCAUCUUUUUUAUGGAGGCUUUGGCCUGGCCUGGUGCUGAUCCUCCCGUCUACGCUGGCGGCUGACAAAGAGUCUUCGUUGCUACAGGACUGGCACGACGUGUGGUUGUUCCGCUUCUUCCUCAACGUGCUGGGCUACGCCACCAUCAUCAUACCUGGCUACUUUCUCAUUGGCUACUUCAAGAGGAUCAACUACCUCGAAACAGGUCGUGGCAUUUGCUAUCCUGUCAUAAAGGCCUGUGUGUUUGGUAGUGAAUCGAAGACUGGUCUCCUGGACGACGUGUCCAUAGCUCCGAGAAAUGACGCUGACUCGGGCUCGUCGGCCAGACAAGCCUUCAAGUUAGUCUUCUGCGCUGCGGGACUUCAGACAUCCUACCUGACAUGGGGUGUCCUACAGGAGAGGGUGAUGACACGCUCGUAUGGGGCCUCCACCCCCGAGGAGGAGGGCGAGCGCUUCAAGGACUCCCAGUUCCUGGUGUUCAUGAACCGCAUCCUGGCGCUGACUGUGUCUGGCCUGUGGUGUCUCCUGUUCAAGCAGCCUCGCCACGGUGCGCCCAUGUAUAAAUACUCGUUCGCCUCGCUCUCCAACGUCCUCAGCAGCUGGUGCCAGUACGAGGCCCUCAAGUACAUCAGCUUCCCCACCCAGGUGCUGGCUAAGGCCUCUAAAGUGAUCCCCGUCAUGCUAAUGGGUAAGAUUGUGUCGCACAAGAGCUACGAGUACUGGGAGUACCUGACGGCGGCUCUGAUCUCUCUGGGCGUCAGCAUGUUCUUGUUGACGAGUACGACCGGUAAGCACCCGUCUACGGUCACAACGUUCAGCGGCGUGGUCAUCUUGGUCGGCUACAUCGUCUUCGACAGCUUCACGUCCAACUGGCAGGACAACCUGUUCAAGUGCAAGAUGUCGUCGGUACAGAUGAUGUUCGGCGUCAACCUCUUCUCCUGCCUCUUCACCGUUGGCUCGCUGCUGGAACAGGGCGCCUUCUUCGACUCGCUGGCCUUCAUGACGCGACAUUCGGAGUUUGCAUUCCAUGCCGUGCUGUUGUCGGUGUGCUCAGCAUGCGGCCAGCUCUUCAUCUUCUACACCAUCGCACAGUUCGGCGCCGCCAUCUUCACCAUCAUCAUGACCCUUCGGCAGGCCAUCGCCAUCCUGCUCUCCUGUUUCCUGUAUGGCCACGCCGUCACAAUGGUGGGGGGCUUCGGCAUGGCCGUGGUCUUCCUCGCCCUCUUCCUGCGCGUCUACGCCCGCAUCCGCAUGAAGGCAGGACGCAGGGCGCCGCAGCCACAGGUGCAGAAGGUCUAGGAGGAGGAGUCUGAGGAGGGAACUGGAAAAACAAAAACUAAAGCCACGUUUCCGUUGUUUUUUUUUUCUGUCUCUGUGUGUCCCGUUUGACUUUUUGUGUUCAUUUAAUGGGUUUCUACUUUGUAUAGGAAAGGUACAGAAAGGGAUUCUAGUGUCUUUUUAAAGGUGUUUGACUUGACACGCACCGAGCCGUCGUCACACAGGUCAAUUAGUCUCGAAAACCCAACCCUAGGCAACACAGUGACUAGGGUGGUUUCAAUGAUGGACUCUUGUCAUAGAGGAACUAUGUUACUGCCUAAGUCACUACUUUAUCUGCUUGAAUAAAAUGCAAAAUGAUCAGGAAGGUUAUUUUUAAUGAGUGAAUUAUGCAAGUGGAUAGUUUGCAUCAACUACCUUAACUAAAACCACUGCAAAGUUAUUGCCUACAAAAUCACGGCGUUCUGUCAUAUCUGCUUCUUGAUUUGUUGGGAGAGUCCCCAGAAUGUAUAUUUUACCCUUAUCGACGUAGGCAGUGAUGUAGUUUCUCUGCCAAAAGAGUCGGUCAUUAAAUUCAGACCUUAGUCACUGUUGCCUAGGGUCAGGUUUCAAGGAUACAGGUCAAUGGGAGUGAUUCGGCUGGACCAAUCAGCAGUCGCCCGUUUAAGUGUCUAUGACCCCGAAAUUACACAGCAAUCGUCGCCUGUAUGUUUUGUCUGUCAAACCCAGCUCAAACACAUUUCACAUUGGCAUGUGAAAUGUAAACAAGUAAUAAAAUGGCUAUUGAUUUCAGCCUUUGCGAUAUGCUUCUGGAGCUGCAGUCAAAGAACAAAAAUCUGAUGUUUGCGGUGUAGUUUUGGGGUAAUCACUAGUACAUGAGCUGUAUACCGCAAGCCUUCAGCUAUGGGUAAUGUAAUAUUGUGAAUGGCACCAUAUUAAGCUUAUAAGGCCUCUAUGAAAAGAGGACAUGAGAUACUAUGGUGAGCAGGCCCCAAGUAAGGUCCCAUUUUGGAUAAUCUCUGUGUAGAUACUGCAUCAAUUUUGUUUAAAACUAAUAAUUGCAUUGUUGUACAUUUUGGACAUGGCAUGAGAGAAAUGCUUAAUCAUUACCAGUUCAUGAUCAGGUAAUGCUGCUUGAGAAUAUUUUAUUUGUUUCAUAUAAAGAAGCAGGUAUGGUA